AUGCCGGCCAACUCGUCAGGGCGCAUCACAAAGGCGCGGAAGAAUAAGAACUCAACACCUCAUCAAAAGAACCACCGGUGGGAAUCUUUUACUACUAAAAUUUCAAAAUUUAAUUCGCUUCAACCUCUACGAAAAGUUCGCCGUCAUGACCUCGAUACCGAAGACCUUUCGAUCACGACAUCCUACUUUCAGACCGGAUUGCAAAAAUGGGGAGAGCUAAAUGUCUCAAAGCCCUUCUCUGCUUUCAAGACGAAGGUCUGGCCUCUUUGUGAGAGCUUGCCACAGCUUCUCUACCACGAGCAACGGAUCGCAGACUUUUUGGCCGAGUUUAUAGCAGGACAGGAUAAGGAAGCUCUAGAGCCGCUACUGGACCUUCUUACCGCUUUCUCCCAUGACUUGGGAGUUCGAUUCGAGAAGCAUUAUGGUAGAAGUUUGGAACUAAUCGUGGCUAUCGCGGCCAAGCCCCAGGAUGCCGACGUUAUUGAGUGGACGUUUGGAUCCCUCGCCUUUUUGUUCAAGUACCUUUCUAAACUGCUUGUUCCUGACUUGCGACCUACCUUCAAAGUUAUGGCGCCACUACUCGGAAAGUCACGACAUCCUCCUCAUAUUGCCCGAUUCGCAGCCGAAGCACUGAGUUUCUUGGUUAAAAAGGCAGCCGCCCCUUCACAACGCGAGACAGCUCUAAAGCGCCUGGUUGAAUGUGCUCGGGACGAUCUUCUGAGCGUAAAGGGCGACCGCCAGUUCAUCUUGUAUAAGGAUGGAUUGAUGAACAUGUUUGCCGAGGCUAUUAAAGGAACUGAUAAUAUUGUCCAUUCCACUGCCCCAGCCAUCUUCGCGGCACUGGUUGACGCUAUUCCGGAAGAGGAGCGAACACUCAGCGAGGAUACGAUCUGGACAGACGUUGUUUGUGGUGUUUUGACCAGUGUUACACAUCAUGCGACUGCCGAGACUUUUGGGGAUUUCGCAGACGGAGUCCAUGAGGCAAUCCGAGCCAACAUGGAACGGACAACCCCUGCAGAACGUCAAUGGCAAGUUGUACCCCUUAUCAGGAUAUACGGAACCAUGGCCGGUGUUCGAAAAGGAUACCGAAUCCGUGAUUGGUCGCCUCUUAUCAAGAACUUUGUCGAGUUGCUUUCCAGUGUUACAGAAGCAGCACCACAGGACGCCUCAACCACUGUCUGGAAGUUUGUCAUGGCCAGCGUUGCGAUUGUCUGGCACCACGCACCUAUUGAUGCUUUGAUACCUCAUAUUAAUCCUCUUGUUCAAUCUCUGAGCAGGGAGCCAUUCAUGAAAUGGUUCAUUCCGUUCUGUUCCUACUUCUGCGAGCUGGAUGCCCAGCGCUUCGGAAGCUUGUUCCGUGCCGAUUUCCAAAGAUUUAUUGCGAACCAUUGGUCUGAAGAGUCCAAUGAAGACAUGCUUUGUGUUCUCUUGCCAAAGAUGAUCGAGAAUGGCGCUUUCCCCCCCGCAGGCGAGAAGGACAGCUGCAGGAUGUCACAGGGGUGGCAGGGCCAGAUUGUCUCCAAGUUUGAACGCUUAGAGAUCUCGCCGUUCCCCGAACGCGGCCCCUAUAACAAGGAUCCUCAAGUUUGGCGGGAUAGAUGUCUACCCAAGUACUCGGCACUACUUCAGAUUCUUGAACUCACAACAGUUCACCCAUCGACAAAUGCUAAGAUCGCCGAACUUUUACUUCGAAAGCUAAAGCUCGCGCUGCGGCCCUCUUCUACCCUGGUAUCGGAUGAGGUUCAUUUUAUUGUUGGACAGGGAUUCCACGCCUACUUGCGUAUGAGCAAGGCUGCUGGCUCUGUCGACAUCACCUUGAGCCCGCUCCUGCGUGCAGCCGUUCCUCGAUUUUCUCAAUCUGUCAGCUUCUUGCAUGCAUAUCUCGCCUACGAAGAAAUUCUACAGAGCAACGAGUCUGCUCGACGACAAGAUAGCACGAGUAGUGACAGUUCAUCCACUGAGGAGGACCCAGUUACCAAGUCUUUGAUCGAAAACUUGAGCUCCCCAUCACACGAACUCCGUUUGGCAUCUUUGAAUCUACUCAAGGCGCUUGACUUGGCAACGGACAGCUUCAACACCGUCGAGACCAUGAUCGAGGUCGAAGAGACCCCUUUGGCUCUCUCGCAUACAAGAACGAUUGCCAUGCUCCUUCGCAAGUUGGGUCACAACUACGCUUCAUUUGAGGAUAACUCUUGGCUGCAACGAGCUGUGCCUGCUUUCCUAUUCGGUAUGCUUACGGUGAAGCUGUCUCCUGUGUGGGAUGAUUCGGUUGAGACUAUGAAGCAAAUUGCAGAGACCAAGGCCGGAGAGGAGGCAGUCUGUGAAGUUGCUUUCCGCUGGCUGAAGGUUCCUUCAUCUCGAUGGGGUGCCUCGCAGCCUGAAACCCACAACUCUCGUCGCGCGUUUGUAUCCGACUUUGAAUGCACAAACGUAAGCAGACUGGAGGAGGCCGCAGCUGAGGUCGAAGAGUCAAUCGACCACCCAAAUGAGCUGAUGUUGCAGAGCUUUGAUGAAAAGCAACGGACUGCCGAGAUAACUGCUGGCAACGCUAGAUCCCGCGCGCUGAAGGUGUUUAACGCCAUCCCCUUUAUCGCGGAGAGGAGGUCUCGUCAACUUGUUCCACACUUUCUCGCCUGGGCAAGUGAAGACCGAACCCCUGAGUCGAUCGAAGGUCAAGGCACUUCUGAGGGAGCCACUUGGUCUCUCGCAGACCGCAAAGCCAUGCUCGGCGUCUUCUCUCAGUUCAUCAACCCUCGUGUGCUUUAUGAGCACGAGCAAGUCUACACUGCACUCUUGCAGCUUAUGGAGAAUGGUGAUGCCGAGGUCCAAAAGGUUACCCUCAAGGCAAUCCUUGCUUGGAAGCAGGAGGCAAUCAAGACUUACAAAGAGAACUUGGAGUUCCUCUUGGAUGAGGCCCGAUUCAAGAACGAGCUUACAGUCUUCCUUCAAGACGACACCGCCAUCAAGCCGGAGCAUAGAGCUGAGUUGAUGCCCGUCCUCCUCCGAUUGCUUUAUGGUCGCACUAUAUCCAAGAAGGGUGCAGCAAGCGGCCGACAUGGCCUCCAAGCCACCCGACUUGCUGUUCUACGAAAUCUUAGUGUCGAAGAUAUGGGUAGCUUCUUGGACAUUGCCACUGGUAAGCUGAAAGGUGUCAAGGUCGUUGAUUCCUCGAAGAAGAUCUUCGAGGAGCCCCUUCUCCCCGUCCGAAAGCAACUUGGUUUCCUCAACAUGAUUUCUUCCGUUAUUUCGGAACUCGGCACCAACGCUACACCUUAUCUGGAGACGCUCCUCAAUGCUGUUUUGUACUGUCUUGUCUUUGCCUGCCGACAACUCAGCGGUCAGGGCGCAGACCCCGAGGAUGCCCCUGAAGAAGAGGAAGAAAAAGCCAGCACACAGUCUCUUUUGAGGGUCAUCCGGUCCACUGGUCUGAAGUGUCUGAUUGCGCUUUUCCAAAACGCCCAGUCUUUCCAAUGGGCCCCUUAUCAAGAUGUCAUUCUCGAAGAUGUUGUGGCACCAAGACUGGAAAACCUGCCCAGUGAGACAACACAAGGAGUUUCUGGUAUGCUUCAGCUCUUUGCUACUUGGUCUGUCCUCCCCAGGAUUGCACUCUUCUUUGCGCCACACGACAAGAUUCCUGAGGGUAUUCUUCCCAAGGUCAUCGAAUGUUUGUCAAUCGAGAAGGGUAAGGAUGCAGUCAAGAUUCAUGUCCUGGGAAUUGUUCGCAACUUGGUUAAGCUCGCAACUGCGCCUGCGCAGGAGUGCGAGUUCAAUGAAGUUAUCAAGGCAGAGCUUCUCGAACCCAACUCUAAAGCAAUCCUGGCUCAGAUAUCCAAUGUUCUGGACAUGUCUGGCAUAAGCAAUGAUCUUAUGGAAGCUUGUGUAGAAACAAUACUGGUAAUGUCUCCCAUUAUUCAGGAUGCCGAAGAUGUCCAGGCCGUUAUCAAGAUCGCCAUCUUCCUCCUCAACCAGCCACCUCGACGAGUUAGCCCCAAGCUCAAGGGCAGAAUCUUGCUCAUUGUAGAGCAGUAUGUUGCAGGUUCUAGCGCCUUUGACAACCAGUCACUACUCGACGAUGUAUAUGACACAAUUUCGUCUCUUUUCAGCUACUUCAAAGACCGUGAGAACCGACAGUCCCUGUCAAGGGCGCUAGUGGCCAUUGCUGGAAAAGACAACAACCUUCGGGAGGUUGCCGAAUUGUGCGCAGCCCUUAACUCUUUCAAAGAAGGGCGUAUCGAUGAGCUCGAUUACGAUGCACGCCUAGCUGCCUACAGUUCAAUCUCUGGUGAUCGAGAGGUCCCAUUGACUCCCAAGCAGUGGUUGCCCUUGCUUCACAACCUUAUCUUCCAUAUUCGAGAUGAUGCCGAAUUUGGUAUUCUGUCCUCCAACUCCGCCGACGGACUCCGCCGAUUUAUUGGAGAUGCGGCAGCUUGCACGUCCAAAGAAUCAAAGGAGAAGUUUGAUGUCCAGCUCCGGGGCGUCAUUAUGCCUGCGCUUUAUGCAGGUGCUCGUGAGCCAUCUGACACUUCUCGACGAGAGUACCUCCGAGUAAUGGGUCAUCUUCUGUCAACUAUGCCCGAAUGGGAGCCCAUUGCUGAUCUCAGUGCAUUGUUGAACGACCGAAACGAAGAUAGUUCUGAGCUGACAUUCUUCUUCAACAUUCUGAGCCCUGCGACAGCACGACAGCUGGAGGCUCUGCAUAUUCUUGAGGCCGCCAACAAGCAGAAGGAAUUUGGAAGCCAAAACUUAGCCCAGUUCUUCAUCCCGCUUCUCGAACACUUCAUCUUCGGCCGUGUCGAUGGAGUCGAUGAUCACGGUCUUGGUGCCCAGGCGAUCAUUGCCAUCGGCAACCUCGCAAGUUCUUUGCACUGGAAGCAUUACCGCACUACCCUUCAACGAUACAUUGGUUAUGUUGAGGCUAAGCCUGAACAACAAAAGCUGACAAUCCGACUCUUGAGCAAGGUUGCCGACGCACUUGUCGAUGCAGCCGAAAACGAUUCCGAAGAGCGUAUGGAUGUGGACCAGAUCGAUGUGUCUUCGUCAAGCACCACCAGACUCCCUCUCACAAUCCCAAAGGCAGAAAAGCUAAGCGUUGACGUCACCAACUUCUUCUUGCCUACACUGGUCAAGCACCUUCACGAGAAAGACGAGUCAGAAGUCAGUUACCGUGUCCCGGUUGGUGUCAUCAUCGUCAGACUCUUGAAGUUGUUGCCUCAGGAUCAGAUGGAUCAGAAGCUUGCUGGUGUCUUGACCGAUAUCAGUCACAUCCUCCGCAGCAAGUCUAUAGAGGCCCGAGACAUGGCUCGAGACACACUGGUAAAGAUAGCCGUCAAUCUGGGCCCGUCUUACUUUGGGUUCCUUCUCAAGGAGCUGCGAGGUGCUUUGACCAGAGGAUACCAGCUUCACGUGCUUUCCUACACCAUGCACUCCAUUUUGGUCGCUAUUGUCCCCAGCUGCGCCCCUGGCGACUUGGAUUACUGCCUCAACUUCGUCGUGACAGUUGUCAUGGACGAUAUCUUCGGUGUCAUUGGUCAAGAAAAGGAUGCUGAGGGAUACACGACUCAGACCAAGGAGAUUAAGAGCAGUAAAAGCCAGGACUCAAUGGAGCUGAUCGCCAAGAAUGCCACGGUUGGUCGUCUUAUUGAUUUGGUGAAGCCGUUGCGAGCACUUCUGAUGCAGAAGGUCGAUCUUAAAAUGGUUCGCAAACUCGAUACUUUGAUGUCGCGCAUAACAUCUGGCCUUCUGCAAAACCCUGCCGCCGAAAGCCGUGACACACUGGUUUUCUGUUACGAAGUCAUUCAAGAUGUCUACAACUCGCAAAAGCCCGAAGUUGAAGAGAAGCUCGACCCUCGAGUCAAGAAGUACCUAGUCCAGAAGGGCGCCAAGAAGAGCGGCGACCGAGGCAAAACGACCAAGCACACAUACAAGCUGAUUCGUUUCGCAGUCGAUAUUCUGAGGGCCAUCCUGAAGAAGCAUGACAGCUUGCGCACUCCUGGCAAUAUCUCUGGAUUUAUUCCCAUCCUUGGUGAUGCCAUGGUUGGUGGGGAGGACGAGGUCAAGAUCUCUACAUUCCGAUUACUGGCUGUCAUUGUCAAGGUUCCAUUCAUUGAUGAUGAGGGAUCGAGGCUGUACAAGGUUGCAGUCAAGGAAGCAACCAAGAGUAUUUCCAUGUCAGUCUCUACUACUACCGAGGUGGCUCAAGCAGCACUCAAGAUGAUGGCUGUUGUUCUUCGGGAUCGUCGUGACAUUCCUGUCAAGGACGCAGCGAUCGAUAUGCUUCUCGCCAAAUUGAAGGAUGAUCUCACUGAGCCUCUUUACCGCCACGUUACGUUCAACUUCCUGCGAUCGGUGCUGGACCGACGCAUCGAAACUGCCGCCGUCUACGACAUUAUGGACUACGUGGGCUCGGUCAUGAUCACCAACGAUGACAAGGAUACUCGUGAUCUUGCCCGAGGCGCAUUCUUCCAGUUCGUUCGCGAAUAUCCUCAGAAAAAGGCCAGGUGGGCUAAGCAGCUCAACUUUAUCGUUGCCAACCUCAAGUACGAACGAGACGGUGGUCGUCUAUCCGUUAUGGAAAUCGUUCACUUGCUCCUCAUGAAGUCGUCUGACGACUUUGUUCAAGAGAUUUCCUCUACCUGUUUCCUCCCACUCUUCUUUGUCCUUGCCAACGACGACAGUGAGAAGUGCCGCCUUUCAGCCACAGGCCUUCUCAGGGAGAUCUUUCGCAAGGCCGACAAGGAGCGAACUCAAACCUUCCUCGGACUUGUACGAACAUGGCUGGAUCAGGACGGAAACGAAGCAGUGCUUAAACUCGCUUUCCAGGUUUUUGGUUUCUACCUCGAAUCCAGUGAAAACGCAUCGAAGAAUAAGAAGGAUUUCAAACUUGUUCUUGAGAAGAUCAACGGCGUUAUCGAGAACGAGGACAUUCGAGAAGUUGAUGGAGAGCUCGUCGAGGCGGCCCUUGGGGUUAUUCGUGCUGCUCUGGCUGUGUUCCCCGAAAAGAUCCUGGCAAGCGACAGCGAAGAGAUGUGGUCCAACAUUGUCAGAUGUCUGUCACACCAAGAACCUUCAGUCAAGAUAUCGUCUAUCGGUUUGACAAGCUCCUACUUGGCAGACUUUGCCAAACAAGCUGGUGACGUAACUGUUGGUGAGCCAGUAGAGGGCAGCCAUGGUCUGACGCUCGAUUUGCCAAAGGUACAGAACCUGGUCAGACUUGGACUGGGUGUCCUGGCAACUCGCGACAUUGAUGAGAAGCUAGGAGUGGAAGCUGUCCAGGUGCUUGCUUUCUUGGCCCCUCGUCUCCCCGAGGGUGACGGAGAAGAGGAGGACGAAGAGGAAGAAGACCAGGGCGAGGAAGAUAAGAAGAAGAGUGAGCGAAAGACGGACCUUGAUCAUAUGUUCAGACAAAUCUCUCGCAUCCUUCGAAGGGAGAUUCCUCCCAGGGCUGUGGCCAUUACACCAAAGGUGGCUGCCAUGGAGCUUCUGGAGACUGUCUGUCGCAGAUCUUCAUCGGAACGUCUUCGGCCAUCAUUCAAUACCAUCCUUGUGCCACUCCAUAACCUCACUGAUCCCUCCAUUGCCCCUCCUUUCUCGAACGAUGAGCUCUUCAAGACAAAGCACGAGGCUCUCAAGACACGUGCACAGAUUCUUAUGGAAUCUCUGCAGAAGAAGUUUGGCACUUCUGAAUACUCCAAGCAGUUGCUCGCCAUUAGAGAAGAAGUGAGGAAGAAGCGAGAGGAACGAUCAAGCAAGAGGAAGAUCGAUGCGAUUAUAAAGCCGGAGAAGUAUGGACGGGACAAGAGGAAGAAGUUUGAAAAGAACAAGUCUCGUAUCAAGACACGGUCGAAGGAGCAGAAGGAUAUGAGGCAGUCGUUCAAGCGAUGGUAAAACAUUGAUGGUGUUGCAUCAACGGGCGUUACGGAAUUGUAAAAUUGGACAAGAUGUUUGUUUCCUGGCGUUGUUAUACG